AUGAGCCCAUAUGGAAAGUUUCCCCCGGCGCAUUUCCUCAUUCCCACGUCGCUUCCCACGGCGCCUUUCCCUUAUCCAGCGUCGCCGUUCGUCCCCCGAACAACGCUUUUCCUCACCGUUCCCCGGCGCCUUUCUCAUCCACGUCGCCGUGUCCCCGGCGCGCCUUUCCUUAUCCACGUCCGCCGUUUCCCCGGCGCGUUCCUAAUCCAACGUCGCGUUCCCGGCGCUUUCCUUAUCCACGUCGCCGCCGUCCCCCGGCGCCUUUCCUCAUCCACGUCGCCCGUUUCCCCGGCGACUUCUCAUCCAGUUCGCCGUUUCCCGGCGCCUUUUCCUAAUCCACUUCGCCGUCCCGGCGCCUUCCUCAUCCACGUCGCCUUUUCCCCGGCGCCUUUCCUUAUCCACGUCGCCGCUCCCCGAGGCCUUUCCUCAUCCACGUCGCCGUUAUCCCGGCGCCUUUCCUCCACGUCGCCGUUCCCCGGGCCCUUCCUCAUCACGUUCGCCCGUCCCCCGGCCGCCUUUCCUCCAUCCACAGUCGCCGUUUCCCCGGCGGCUUUCCUCAUCCAGUCGCAGUUUUCCCCGGGCCCUUCCUAUCCACAUCGCCGUUCCCCGGCGCCUUUCCCAUUCCACGUCGCCUUCCCCCGGCGCCUUUCUUAUCACGUUCGCCGUCCCCCGACACAGCCUUCCUCAUCCACGUCGCCGGUUUUCCCCGGCGCCCUUCCUAUCCACGUCGCCGUCCCCGGAGCCUGUCCUCAUCCACGUCGCCGUAUUCCCCGGCGCCUUUCCUCAUCCACGUCCGUCGCCGUUCUCCCGGCGCUUUCCUGCAUCCACGUCGCCGUUCCCCGGGCUUUCCUCAUCACGUCGCCGUCCCCCGGCGCCUUUCCUCAUCCACGUCGCCGUCCCCCGGAGCCCUUUCCUCAUCCACCUCGCCGUCCCCCGGCGCCUGUCCUCAUCCACGUCGCCGUUCACGGCGACUUUCCUCAUCCCACGUCGCCGUUCCCCGGCGCCUUUCCUAUCAAGUCGGCCGUUCCCCGGCGCCUUUCCUCAUCCACCUCGCCGUCACCCCGGCCCAUAGCCUCUUCUCAUCCACGUCGCUUGUCCCCCGGCGCCUCUGUCCUCAUCCACGUCGGCCGUUCCCCCGCGCCUUUCCUAAUCCACAUCGCCGCUCCCGAGGCCUUUCAUCAUCCACGUCGCCGUUUCCCCGGCGCCUUUCUCAUUCCACGUCGCCGUUCCGGCGCAUUUCUCACCACGUCGUCGUUCCCCGGCCGCCUUUCCUAA